UCCUUCAGCAAGGACGCACAGCUCACACAAUCCCUUCGAAGGACGACGUCAACCCGAAACCUGCCACAACAUUGCAAAUCCAGACACUGAGGUCCUGUUCAGCGUUUUACAUUCAGCGCUUUACAUGAAUGCUAGGACGCUGUAAAAAUCGGCGCUAGAAACGCUAAUUAGCCAGACAUGUUAGCCAAGUUUUACUCGGUGAUUUUGCGCUUGAUUUUCUGACUUUGUGUUUUUGUGUGAGUGCCGCCCGAUUUUGUUUGUCCUUUUUUUUUCUGUUGGUGUCUCACCGAGUGCCGUUUUAAGCCAAGAUACUAGAGACCCACUAGCGCCCAUCUAAUACAUAUUAACUUGUUGUGCGUUGUGCCAGCUUUUCGUGUGUGUGCCAGCUAGCCUCUGAGUGCAUUUUCAUUAAAGUCAACAAGUUGCAGCCGCAUAAGGUCAAAUAAAAGCAGAAGGGCCAAAAUGAUGGCGACGUCACAGGAUUAUUUCGGCAAUCCGUACGCCCUAUUCCGCGGACCGCCCACAACUUUGAGGCCGCGAGAGUCGCCGCUGGGCGUGGGCCACCCCCACAGUCACGGGCAUAUGCACAGCCACGCCCACGCCCACACCCACGGCCAUGGGCAUGGCCAUGGGCACGGCCACGCCCACUCGCAUUAUGCGGCCUUGGACUUGCAGACGCCGCACAAGCGGAACAUCGAAACGGAUGUGCGGGCACCGCCGCCGCCAUUGCCGCCGCCACCGCUUCCGCUUCCGCCGGCAUCCCCUAGGUACAACACUGACCAAGGAGCGAUGGACCAGCAAUUCUGCUUGCGCUGGAACAAUCAUCCCUCAAAUCUGACCGGCGUGCUCACCUCGCUGCUGCAGCGUGAGGCACUAUGCGAUGUCACGCUCGCCUGCGAGGGCGAAACAGUCAAGGCUCACCAAACCAUUUUGUCAGCCUGCAGUCCGUACUUCGAGACGAUUUUCCUACAGAACCAGCAUCCACAUCCCAUCAUCUACUUGAAAGAUGUCAGAUACUCAGAGAUGCGCUCUCUGCUCGACUUCAUGUACAAGGGCGAGGUCAACGUCGGUCAGAGUUCGCUGCCCAUGUUUCUCAAAACGGCCGAGAGCCUGCAGGUGCGUGGUCUCACAGAUAACAACAAUCUUAAUUACCGCUCCGACUGCGACAAGCUGCGCGAUUCGGCGGCCAGUUCGCCGACCGGCCGUGGGCCGAGUAAUUAUGCCGGCGGCGCUGGGGGCGUGGCCGAUGCGAUGCGCGAAUCCCGCGACUCCCUGCGCUCCCGCUGCGAACGGGAUCUGCGCGACGAGCUGACGCAGCGCAGCAGCAGCAGCAUGAGCGAGCGCAGCUCGGCGGCAGCGGCGGCGGCGGCAGCGGCAGCAGCGGUAGCGGCCGCCGGCGGUAAUGUCAAUGCGGCCGCCGUCGCCCUGGGGCUCACCACGCCCAGCGGCGGCGAACGAUCUCCGAGCGUCGGCAGCGCCAGUGCGGCGGCAGCGGCCGCGGCGGUUGCUGCGGCGGUUGCAGCGGCCGCCAAUCGAAGUGCCAGCGCCGACGGAUGCAGCGAUCGCGGCAGCGAACGCGGUACGCUCGAACGGACCGACAGUCGCGAUGAUCUGUUGCAAUUGGAUUAUAGCAACAAGGAUAAUAACAAUAGCAACAGCAGCAGUACCGGCAACAACAAUAAUAAUAACAACAACAACAACAAUAAUAAUAGCAGCAGCAACAACAACAACAAUAACAACAACAACAACAAUAGGGAGCGCAACAACAGCAGAGAGCGGGAAAGAGAACGUGAGCGGGACAGGGACAGGGAGCUGUCCACCACGCCGGUGGAGCAGCUGAGUAGUAGUAAGCGCAGACGUAAGAACUCAUCAUCCAACUGUGAUAACUCGCUGUCCUCGAGCCACCAGGACAGGCACUACCCGCAGGACUCUCAGGCCAACUUUAAGUCGAGUCCCGUGCCCAAGACGGGCGGCAGCACAUCGGAGUCGGAGGACGCUGGAGGCCGCCACGACUCGCCGCUCUCGAUGACCACCAGCGUACACCUGGGCGGCGGUGGGGGCAAUGUGGGCGCGGCCAGUGCCCUGAGCGGUCUGAGCCAGUCCUUGAGCAUCAAGCAGGAGCUGAUGGACGCCCAACAGCAGCAGCAGCAGCAUCGCGAGCACCACGUUGGCCUGCCGCCUGAUUACUUGCCGAGCGCUGCUCUGAAGCUGCACGCGGAGGACAUGUCCACCUUGCUGACGCAGCAUGCUUUGCAAGCAGCAGAUGCGCGGGACGAGCACAACGAUGCCAAACAGCUGCAGCUGGAUCAGACGGACAAUAUAGACGGCUCCAAGGCCUGGCACAUGCGGCUAACUUUCGAGCGCCUCUCGGGCGGCUGCAACCUGCACCGUUGCAAGCUGUGCGGCAAGGUCGUCACCCACAUCCGCAACCACUACCACGUCCACUUCCCGGGCCGCUUCGAGUGUCCGCUGUGCCGGGCCACCUACACGCGCAGCGACAACCUGCGCACCCACUGCAAGUUCAAGCAUCCCAUGUACAAUCCGGAUACGCGCAAGUUCGACAACCUAAUGUCCUCGUCGGCGGUGGGGGCGGCGGCCACGCCCACGGCCAGCCAGCUGGCGGUUGCCUCCCAAGCGGCAAUGGCAGCGGCAGCCGCGGCGGCCUUUAAUGCAGCGCAACACCAACAACAGCAGCAGCAGCAACAUCAACACCAGCAACAGCAGCAGCAACAUCAGCAGUCGCAGCAACAGUCCCAGCAGCAACAGCAACAGCAGCAGCAGUCCCAGCAGCAACUCCAUGCCCUCGCCCAGCAACACAUGUUGCAGCUGCAGCCGCAACACCACCAGCAGCAGCAACACAAUGCCACAAGUGAAUGAUACAGUCAGUAUCUGGGCUGGAACUAUGGUGCCUGGCGCCCCGAUGACCCCAACCCCAAGCAGCAGCAUCGCAAGGCUCAGCCCUUUAACUUUUAUGCCCGCGACUUCUACUACCAGCAUCAGCAGCAGCAGCAGCAGCAGCCACAGUCGCUCAGCACCAGCCUAAGCAAUGGCAAUGGGAGACAACAGCAGCAACGGCGUCAGCAGGAGCAACAUCAACCUGCCCAGACGAUCAUCAUCGAUGAGAGCGACAAUGAGCUGGAGCUGGAGGAGCAGCAGAUGAGGCUGAACUUCGAGCGGUAUAUGGAACAGCUGAAGCAGCUGGCGCCCUACGAUCCCCAAGAAACUUUGUGCAAUAGCAACACCAAUACCAAUACCAAUAUAAAUAACAUUAACAGCAGCAUAAGCAGCAUCAGCAGCAUCAGCAGCGGCGAGCCCACGAAUGCCAAUCAAAAGGAAGCUACUACAACUACUACUUAUAGUAAUAUUAAUGAUAACAAUAGUUAUGCUAACAACAGCACUAGGAACUACAACAAAAGGCCGCAGCAACAGCAGGAGCAGCAACAGGAGUAACUGCAGCAACCACAUUCGCAAAAACAUCAUCAGCAACAGCAACCAAUUGAUACUCAAAGCAAAGUUAAUUUAGAUGAGAAACGCGUAUAAUGUCUUAAAUGUUGAAACGAUUUAAGGGUAAGCCAAAUUUAUUUGUCAAUUAUGUAGGCGAAAUAUGGAGAGGAGAGGAUAAAUCCGCGGCUGCGAGAAGGAAUCUAAUGCUGAUCUGUGCAGGAAGCGACACAUUGUAAUGGUUUCAACUAGAUACGGAUGUUGCAGUCACACACACGCACUUAUAUACAGUAUAGUAAGAGAUUUAUUUGUAAUGGAGUUUUAAUUGUAAAAGUCUUGUUCGUGGGGCAAGCAAAAGGGUUUCCAAGACAGCUAAGAACAGGGUGGAAUUUAGGGCGAAAUGGAAAAAAAAAAGGUUUUAAUUAGCAGCACUCAAAUAUUUACAACAAAAAGAAAAACAAAAACAAAAAGCUUGAACUAAACGUAACCUAAUUGUAUUUAAAGAACUACUCAUAUAUGGAAUUACAAAUUUUACAAAUUAAAAUCGUUGGACCUGUCAGACAUUUGUGCCAAAAUCUCUUGGUGGUAGUGCCAACAUCCUUGGCUGCACUCUCUCUUUUUGCACCUGUUCGUUGUUGCAUUUAACACUAAUAUGUGCACACCCACAGCCACACACCCCCACACUAACCCACCCACCCGGAAACCACUCUGAUACUCUAUAAAAAAAAAAAAUUAGGAGCAAACACCGAACAUUGAAGACAUUUAAAACGAGAGAUUUCUAUGCUGCUAACCAUUUUACUGUUUUAUAUAAAUGUAUAUUUAAUUACGAUCUAAUGGAUGUCAUGUGUUACGGAUAAAUAACGAGAACUGUAAAAUAGAAUGAUAACAUUACUGGACUUAACCGAUAUUUAUAAAACAAUAUUCAAUGGGAUUUUCUCUGCAUAUAGAUGUAUCUAUGAUGUACAAAUCGGUGCGUUUGAUCGAUGUUAGUUGACCUUGAAGACAUGCAUUACGGCAGCCCUAAUCUUAGCGAAUCAGUUUUAAACUAAUCUAAUCUAAACUAAACUAAUUCACUGAUUAUGGAUACUAAACUAAUGUUAAUUUAUUUAUAACCAUCCUGGGAGUAUGUGCGAAUGAGUCUCGAACUGAGCGAUUGCCAAUGGAUCAAAUCCGAUCUGAUCUGAUCUGAUCUGAUCUGAUCUGAUCUGAUAUGAUGUAUUAUAGUUAGCGAUACCAUCGCCAGAUCCAUGCAUGUGGCCGAAUUUGUUAUCCAGUCUAUAUAAUAUACUUACUUACAUAUAUAAACAUGCGUGAGCUAAUAUUAAUAUUCGCUGAUUCUUAUUACGGUGUAAAUAUGAUUGAAAAUUCUCCCACGAUUUCUGAUAGUUAAUGUAUAUUUAAAAUCAGUUUUUUUGUAAUUUGUUGUUGUACAUUGAUUGCCAAAUCCCAGAUAUUGGUGCGCACACACACACACAAACACGAACAUAUAAAAACAAGCAAAAAAGAAUCACAUACACACACACACACGUCUAAUUGCCUAAAGAAUUAAUGCAUAAUUCUAAAUAUAUAGUUAUAUAUUAUAUACACACAUAUUCAUAAUAUUUAUUUGUUCUACUUCUUAACAUGAAAUGUUUAGUAAUUAAAUUUACAUUAUUAAUAAUGCUACAUCAAAUACUGCCCCCGACUUAAUGUUUGUUUAAUGUUUAUUUUUAACGCUGUUUUGUUAAACAAAAAUUUAAGAAAUUUAUCUAUAUAUGAUGUGAUAACUAUAGUAAAACUAAACACACACACGACCACAAACACACAAACAAACACACCCACACAUUACAAAUUGAAAUUAUGUUAAUUAAGCAGGAGUGUAGAGAGUUGAAGUUUUUUUAAAAAACGAUCGAAAGUAAUCUAUAGUUUGUGUGGUAUGCAAAAUGGUGCUAAAUCCAAAUAUACUUUAAAGUAUAAUGAGUAGGUCAAGAGGGAAUGAAAGGAGGAGGUCAGCUCUCCUUGAAUCGUAUCGUAUGUGCAAUAUGACUAGUUUUCGUUUAAGGUGCAGGAUGUUGACGAGACCACGCAAAAGCCAACCAUUUGAAUAAUGCGAAAAAAAUAACAAAAAAUAAAAAUAUGUGUAAAUACAAAGCGGUGCUUACCCCCUACAUCAAUUUAAAAAAAAAUAAUGCUGUGCUGCAGCUAUUCGAAAUCCUUUUAAAUGUCACACAAAUUUGGAGGAGAGACACCGCCAGAAAACUAAAUAAAUGUUAGCAUAUCACUAUGAAUAUGAUUAUAAAUAUAUAUACAUCUGAUAAAGCAGCAGGCAGAAGAGCAGUUAGUUAAUGAGAACUUUUCGCUACAAUUUCUGUGUCUAUUUACAAUAAAUGUCAUAAAGCUUAUCAAAUUACCGAAACACACCACCAACACAAAAACCACACACAGCCCAAAAACACUUUCAUAUUUAUUUUGGUGCCUUCUUUUUAAACCAUUUUGAAUUCAGUCCUUGAUUUCGAUUUUGACUUUGACUUUGACUUCGUUUAACCAAUUUUAACAGCAUUUUUGCAGUCGAUCAGAAGUGGUUCGAACCUUUAAUUUUAAUGACGUGCUAGUUUCAAUGUAAACUUAGUUUAAUCUAAUUUUUGUAUUAAUAAAUGCAAUACAAACUAUUUUUAGUUUUAUUUAUAAACAACAACAACAGCGGCAGCAACAACAACAAAAGUUGAACAUGAAAAAACGAAAAGAAAAUAGAAAAAAAUCAUAAAAAAAAUGAAAUCAAUUUAGUUAACGUUAAGCAAAGUGAAGCAAGCCCACAAUAUGCUUGCAGCAUUUGUUACAAUUUAUAUAUACACACAUAAAUAUAUAUAUUACAAUAUUUUUUAAAA